AUAAUAGCCCAAAUUUAUCAACUCUGGUAACCAAGCGUGAGCUCAGAAGCAGCCACCAUGGCUUCUUCUAUAGCAGCUACUCAGCUUUUCCCUCUGUCACACACUCUUUGCUUUUCCAAACCUAAUCAAAACCAACACCGUUUUAUACUCCCAUCAAAAUGCACUGAUCCCAAUCUUUGCUCUUCGUUUAACUUCAAGAACAGAGCUCUAUUCUGUACAUCCAAUUUCUUCAGGCCUUCACAAGCUGUUCUUAACUCUUCCACUCCCCUAAUAAGCCAAGAAGAACCCAACACGAAAAAUAAGAACGAUAAUUCAACACUUCGCGAAAUUUGCCAAGGUCACGUACCGGAGCACGUUUUGGGCAGGCUGGAGGAGGUUGGAUAUGUGGUGCCGACGGAUGUACAGAGGCAAGCUUUGCCUGUUCUUUUCAGCGGCAGGGAUUGUAUAAUUCAUGCUCAGACAGGUUCUGGGAAGACGCUUGCUUACCUACUGUUGAUAUAUUCAGUUAUUAAUGCUCAAAGAUCUGCUGUGCAAGCCCUCAUCGUGGUGCCUACCCGGGAACUUGGAAUGCAAGUUACGAAAGUUGCUAGGAUGUUGGCUGCGAAGCCCAUGGAUAUUACCGUCAUGGCUCUUCUCGAUGGAGGGAUGUUGAGAAGACAUAAGAGUUGGCUAAAGGGAAAAUUUGUGUUUCAGGCAGAACCCCCUACAAUAGUAGUGGCAACAAUAGCAAGUUUGUGCCAAAUGCUUGAAAAGCAUAUAUUUAAACUUGAAGCAAUGCAGGUGCUGGUUAUUGAUGAGGUGGAUUUCAUGUUCAACUCUUCAAAACAAGUCAGUUCUCUGCGAAAGCUUUUGACAUCAUAUUCAUCUUGCAAUAACCGUCGGACUGUUUUUGCCAGUGCAUCCAUCCCUCAGCACAGACGAUUUCUGCAUGACUGCAUACAGCAGAAAUGGACCAAGAAUGAUGUAGUUCAUAUCCAUGUCAAUCCAAUUGAGCCCAUGCCAUCCCGCCUGCAACAUAGAUUUUUGACAUGCAGUAAAAACCUAAGGUAUCAAACGUUGCUCGCCUUAUUACAGGCUGAUGCACCCAAGUCUGGAAUUAUUUUUGUUGGUGAGCAGUCUGAGAAGUCAAAAAGGGCUGGAAAUGCUCCACCAACAACUCUUUUGAUUGAUUUCCUGAAAACUUCAUAUGGGGAUUGUUCAGAUAUCCUUCUUAUGGAGGAAGACAUGAAUUUCAAUCUACGAGCAGCUUCACUAUUAGAAGUGAAGCAGGGAGGAAGCUAUCUACUUGUAGCAACAGAUAUAGCUGCCAGAGGCGUUGACCUUCCAGAAACAACUCACAUAUACAAUUUUGAUCUUCCGAGAACUGCUGUAGAUUAUCUUCAUCGUGCUGGAAGAACAGGUAGGAAACCUUUUUCAGAUGAAGAAUGCUAUGUUACCAAUAUUAUUUUGCCAGAGGAGCAUUUUGUUCUGCAAAGAUAUGAAAAUGAACUGAUGUUUAAAUGUGAAGAGCUUAUCUUAUAGUUCCAUUGUUGAUUCAA